CGGCCAGGGCCAACUGCUCUCGUCGCCUCCUCCCCCCGGCUCCGCGGAGGGGGGAGGAGGAAGAUGGAGACCCACAUCUCUUGCUUGUUCCCCGAGCUAUUGGCCAUGAUCUUCGGCUACCUGGACGUCCGGGACAAGGGGCGCGCGGCGCAGGUGUGCACGGCCUGGCGGGACGCCGCCUACCACAAGUCUGUGUGGCGGGGGGUGGAGGCCAAGCUGCACCUGCGCCGGGCCAACCCGUCGCUGUUCCCCAGCCUGCAGGCCCGGGGCAUCCGCCGGGUGCAGAUCCUGAGCCUCCGCCGCAGCCUCAGCUACGUGAUCCAGGGUAUGGCCAACAUCGAGAGCCUCAACCUGAGCGGCUGCUACAACCUCACCGACAACGGACUGGGCCACGCGUUUGUGCAGGAGAUCAGCUCCCUGCGGGCCCUCAACCUGAGCCUCUGCAAGCAGAUCACCGACAGCAGCCUGGGCCGCAUAGCCCAGUACCUCAAGGGCCUGGAGGUGCUGGAGCUGGGGGGUUGCAGCAACAUCACCAACACCGGCCUCCUGCUCAUCGCCUGGGGCCUGCAGCGUCUCAAGAGCCUUAAUCUUCGCAGCUGCCGCCACCUCUCGGAUGUGGGCAUCGGGCACCUAGCCGGCAUGACGCGCAGCGCGGCGGAAGGCUGCCUGGGCCUGGAGCAACUCACGCUGCAGGACUGCCAGAAGCUCACCGAUCUUUCUCUAAAGCACAUCUCCCGAGGGCUGACGGGCCUGAGGCUCCUCAACCUCAGCUUCUGCGGCGGCAUCUCGGACGCCGGCCUUUUGCACCUGUCGCACAUGGGCAGCCUCCGCAGCCUUAACCUGCGUUCCUGCGACAACAUCAGUGACACGGGCAUCAUGCAUCUGGCUAUGGGCAGCCUGCGCCUCUCAGGGCUGGAUGUGUCGUUCUGUGACAAGGUAGGGGACCAGAGUCUGGCUUACAUAGCGCAGGGGCUGGACGGCCUCAAGUCUCUCUCCCUCUGCUCCUGCCACAUCAGCGAUGAUGGCAUCAACCGCAUGGUGCGGCAGAUGCACGGGCUGCGCACGCUCAACAUUGGGCAGUGUGUGCGCAUCACCGACAAGGGCCUGGAGCUGAUUGCUGAGCACCUGAGCCAGCUCACUGGCAUAGACCUGUAUGGCUGUACCCGAAUCACCAAGCGCGGCCUGGAGCGCAUCACGCAGCUGCCCUGCCUCAAGUACUCUGCUGUUCAUGCUCAUUUCAUUUUGAUCGUCUUUUUUUUUUUUUUUUGGAAGAAAUUUGAAAUCAUGGUCCUUUUUUUUCUGCUGAAUAUAUUCUAUAUAUUAUAUAUAUAUAAAUUUUAUAUUUAUAUAUAUAUAUAUGUCUGGCUACCUCGUUUUAGUUUACUUUUUUCUCUGAAGCCCUGGAAUUCUACAAGGGAGAUAUUUUGAGACUAAAACAUUUUUGUGCCUAGACUGGAAAGAUGCCCAUUGGGUUUGUACGUCUUUUUUGUUUUGGCUUCUUCCCUAACCCUGUCCAUCCAGUAUGUCCCACUUCCACAUUUUGGCUAUACAUAAUUAUUUUUCUCCUUGUCUAUUGGGAUUUGCAGGCCCAACCAUGUUCCUAAAUCUUGACUUAAUUUAUAGCACAAAUGUGUGGGAGAAAUGAGAGUUGAAGUGUUUUGUUUGUUUGAGAUGCAGAUUGUCUUGAAAAUUAUUAUUAUAUAUGCAAAUUUGCUCUAUCUGCACCCUCUUCCAAGUUUCCCCACAAAAAAGGUCACAUAGUGAGGCUUCCUGUUGGAAGCAGAGGAGCAGAGUUGGCCUUCGGAGCCCCUGGGGCUGUAAUGUGAAGGGAGGAGACAAAUUCAUGUCUUAUCUCUGUUCUGUUAAUAAAAUGGGAAUUUGUGGGUUUUAAAAAACUCUGUUUCUGAAUGGAGGAGUAGAUGACUUUAUUUUGGUGGGGGUUGGGACUUGUGGCUUUCAAAAAAUCGCUUUUCAGUAGGAUGUAUAUUUUUGUUGGAUUUUUUUUGUUUGUUUAUUUUUUUAGACUCCUCCACAGCAACAUUCGCGACCAUGGCGUUAAAGAAACCCAGAGACCUUUAUCAAUUAAUUGUACUGUUUGUGAAUUUGUAUAAAUAAUAACAAAGAUCCUCUUAAAACGUUUAUAUUCUUACAGUAAAAGGUUAAACUGAUAUUUAUAUAAUAAAAGAGGAAAUAUGAAGUAUGUUUUUGAAAAAAAACAAAAACAAAACAAAA